CUUUGUAUGGCAGGGGUAUAGACAGCCCUGCCUGCGGCUUGGUCAGUUGCACUCACUCCCAUUCGUAUGUGUACUGUACACCACAGAUCACCCACCACCCUGCCUACCGACCAUGACAAUCACGGCCGGUCCUCCGAAAAAUACGUGCACGCGCGAGAGGAUUGUGCCCCAGCGCCGCUUGUAUCGAUCAGCUGCACUUCAUGAUGCCCGACACGACGAAGUCCCACUUAUUAAUGUGAGUGAUGUCCCGCCUCACGUAGCACUUGCCACUCCUCAGCAUAUAAGAAUACGCCACGCACCCGCUGGUCCUCUCACACCGUUCGCAGCACGCGUCCUCGUCCCUCUCGGUUGUACCGGAGCGGUCCUCCAGUAGGUCCUCGUCCUCGUCGCUCCAGAACAUUUUCCUGCCCUUGCUGCGGACGUGUCGGUUCGUACACUGCGCCCGGCCUCCCACGAGAGCACACAACAGCAGCAGGGCAAUAACAGUCAGAACACCUUUGUAGAUCUGCAUCGCAAGCGAACGAUAGGAUCCCGUUACCGCUCGUUUUUUGAGGCGAAGUUCGAUCUUGGCCGCGGCCGCAUGAAACCCCACGGCUCACCUAUAGAGAUAGGGGAUUCCAAAUGAACACACAUGCAAGAUGUGCACACAGACGGUGCUUGUCGAAAGUGCGUGAGAGGCGUAGAGACAGGCGGAAAUCGGCUGUUUGACAUUCGUUGGGCGACCUUGAAAUGCUAGAGGGAUCGAUACAUGGUUCGAUGGAUUCUUCACUUCGAUGCUUGAGUGUUCUCGCGAUGUCUCUGUUUACCCGUCCCAUCCCAUGUUUACCCCUGUCUGUAGCUGCCCCUCCCGCCCUCCCACAUCAAAGACAUGCAAGUAUACACACAUCCAGUCAGCCAAUCACAUAUAUCAGAUCAGCUGAGAGCUCGGUGAACGAACCACUCGAACAUCUAAAUAAAUGACUGACUGACUGACGCACACGAGCGGGUGCUGAGUGCAGCACCCCCCACACACCCCCUGGCUCCCACACACACGAAGAUGAAGAUGACAUGACUGACGACACAUGAAGAUGACGACACAUUAAAAAGGGAUAUGAAACAAACACUAUGUGGCCUAUGUACAUCCGUCACCAGGACGGGGUGGGACAUUCUAUUCGAC